AUAUAGUAGGAUAGGUAACCCAGUCCAAAAUUGAUCAUUUCUGAUUGAAAAAAGUUCUCCUUGUCAUGACUCCUCCCACAGCUUGGCAAUGGCUAAGCCUUGCUGGUAUCAUAUGGCUACAAUCUGUAAAUGGAACAAACACAAACUUUCCUGCAUACUCAUCCCAACUCAAACAGCUCCUCUCUUUGUCUCAACUUCAGCUUAACAAUCUUGCCUUUGCCUCAGAUGCUGGAAAACUAUUCGGUUUCUUUUCAGGCAUUGCUGCUUUUUACCUUCCCUUAUGGCUGGUUCUCUUGAUCGGUUCUACUCUUGGUUUGAUUGGUUAUGGAGUGCAAUAUCUCUUCAUAACAAAUUAUAUUUCCUCUCUUUCCUAUACCCAUAUCUUCUUACUCACCGUUGUUGCAGGAAACAGUAUUUGUUGGAUUAACACAGUUUGCUAUGUAGUUACCAUUAGGAACUUCCCCUCUGAUCGCCAAGUAGCUGUGGGAUUAUCCACCAGCUAUCAAGGAUUAAGUGCUAAGAUAUAUACAGUAAUUGUUGAUGCCUUGUUCGUUUCUUUUCCUGAAAAAAAAGCUAAAGCUUAUCUUCUUUUUAACUCCAUCUUACCAUUUCUGGUUAGUGUGCUAGCUGCACCUGUAGUUAGAGAUAUUAUUAAUAUUGUAAAUGGCAAGAACAUGAAAAGUGGGUUCAUGGUAAUGUUUAUUAUAACUAUAGCUACUGGAAUUUAUGCUGUGAUCACUAGUUUGAGGUCCAUGCCAAGUGGGUUACCACCUUUUGGUAAUGCAAUUGGUGUUCUGGUGUUUCUCUUGGCUCCCCUUGUAAUCCCAUUGGCAGUGAAGAUCAGAGAAAUUUUAGCAGCAAAAUCAUGGAUAAACAGAGAGGCAAAGGUUUAUAAUUUUACCGUGGAAGAGAAUGUUAAUGCGGAACGAAUGGAGAAUGGGGUGAAAGAAGGAGACGACACAAGGGAAGCUAUUGAGCUAGGUGUGAAGGAAGAAAUUGGAGUGAAAUUAAUGUUAAAGAGAUUGAAUUUUUGGUUAUAUUUCUUUAUAUAUUUAUCUGGUGCAACACUUGGGCUUGUAUAUUUGAACAACUUGGGACAAAUAGCGGAGUCUCGUGGAUGUUCAAGGACUUCUUCUUUGGUUUCUUUGUCUUCCUCAUUUGGCUUCUUUGGUCGGCUCAUGCCAUCCCUUGUGGACUACUUUUUCCCAAGGAGCAAGCUCAUUAUUUCAAGGCCAGCUUCUAUAGCAGUACUAAUGAUUCCAAUGGCAGGAGCAUUCUUCUUACUUCUAAACGCAUCCAAUAUCUCUCUCUACAUUAGCACUGCAAUUAUCGGUAUUUGUACUGGAGCAAUUACUUCUAUUUCUGUAUCCACAACAACAGAGCUAUUUGGCACCAAGAAUUUCAGCGUCAACCAUAAUCUAGUAGUUGCCAAUAUUCCAAUUGGAUCCUUCCUUUUUGGGUAUUUUGCUGCCCUUCUUUAUCACAAGGAAGGUAAUGAAGAUGGAAAAUGCAUGGGGAUGCAGUGUUAUAGGAGCACUUUCAUUAUCUGGGGCUCACUUUGUUUUCUUGGUGCUACCUUAGCUUUAAUUCUAUGUGCUCGGAUGAGAAAGUUCUACUCGCAACUUACAUAGAUCACAUAUUAAUAGGUCUACGCACAGUAAUUACAUAUAUAUUUUGUGUACUCACAUGUUAAAAUUUUAAAUCUUAUGCCUGACUCGCCUUAUAAUUUUGAGAAACAAAGGACAGAAAUAUAAACUUUUUAAAUGUUAUAUAAGAUAUGUAAGUAUUGCAAGACUUUAUAUUAAUACAUGAAUAUAAUUAUUCUCAUUA